AUGCCAACGCUGGAAGUCCCGACUCUGCAGGAGCUGAAUGUGGAUGAAAUAAAUGUUUCAUCUUCAGUGCUGAAAGCUGCUGCUCAUCAUUAUGGAUCUCAGUGUGACAAACCUAACAAGGAGUUUAUGCUCUGCCGCUGGGAAGAGAAGGACCCCAGAAAGUGUCUGGAAGAAGGGAGAAAAGUCAACGAGUGUGCCUUAAACUUCUUCAGGCAAAUUAAAGGGAACUGCGCUGAGUCCUUCACAGAGUACUGGACUUGUCUGGACUACACAAACUUGAAUGAGCUCCGUUAUUGUCGUAAACAACAAGAGACAUUUGACAACUGUGUCCUCGAUAAACUGGGUUGGAAGAGACCUGAACUGGGAGACCUGUCUAAGGUAACCAAAGUGGCAACUGUUCGACCUAUCCCUGAUAAUCCGUACAGUUCAAGACCUCGUCCUGAGCCCAACCCUGUCAUCGAGGGCAAACUUGAGCCUUCCAAAUAUGGAAGCAGGUUAUUCUUCUGGACCUGGUGA